AUGGAUCUGUAUCAAAUGAUAGGCUUUGGCACAUACCAGUUGGAUCUGAGUGCUUCUGAACAGCUCGGUUGGAGAUCACUGCCAUUUGACCAACCCGUCGACGAGGACGACAACCUCACUGGCUUGGCAUUUGGUCUAAUCCCUUCUGGAGCUCAGGCACAUAACCCGGCUGACGUGCUCAGCUAUAAUUGGGCCUUCCGGCCUGUCGACGUCUGCGUCAUUAAGAAAGCGUUAUGGUGUUGGGACGGUCGCGUCACCUACCCAGCCGUUUUGCGACGAGGAUCCGAAGAAAUCAAGCUGCAGGCCUGUGCCUUGCAACAACGCGAAGACAUUUUGGGUGAUCACCUUCGUUUGGCCCAGAUGUAUGCCCACGCGGAACGCUUGCUUGAGCGCUUCAAGGUGUUUGUUUUGUUAAACGCUCGUUUAACCAUUGGACAACAAGAGGACCUCCAUAAACUGCGUAUUGUGAAAAAUAUAGUUGUGCGUGAGGGUAAGAGCAGAGACAGACCCGAUGACUCCAAUGUCCCCCGCUGGUACAGUCUGCGAGAACCAGUCGACCGACCAGAAUACCUCACUUCGGAUUCAUUGUUCGCUCCAAAGUAUCGCGCAGGAGGUGACCUUGCAAGCAUUGCGGCGCUCCUUGUGUGCUUCACCCACUGGUCUUAUGAAUAUCACCAGCGACACGCUUUGAUCACAGGGUUCCGUGGGUCCGCAGGCGUCAUCACAGAUCUAACCAUGGAGGAUAACGAGCGUCCUUGGUUCCUUGGAAAUCCUUCGACUGCUGGUUUGCAGCUUUUCACAGCCACCCAUAUAUGUGACAGCGUGUGGUGUCACGGUGUGGGAUUCAAACGACCACCCCCUUAUUACGCAAUGGAAUAA